AUGACUAUUUUAGGAUCACUUUCAACCAUGGGUAAUGUUAAGCCAACCUCGAUGACAAGAAGCUCAUUCGGUGGCAGCAGUUUCGGAGGAUCAUCACAAUCCGCCAACAACGUUGCAUGUGGUGGUUGCGGUGGAAAUGGAAUCAACAUCGAUGCCAAUGUCAAUGUUAACUUGGGUGGUCUUCUCGAGAAUUUAAAAAAUGAUAAUUCAAUGAAUAGUAAACCAUUUAAAGAAUUUGUAAUAGAACAAUGUAUAAAAACAGAUUUAAAUAAUUCAAAAUAUAGAAAAAUAAUAAUUGCUCAGGAUUGGGAGGAGUUCCUGGUUCAAAAAUAUAUCGUCGAAUCACCUCUAAAUGGUACCAAUAAUUUGAAAAAUAUUAUUUUUUUAUUUGGUGCGCAAGGUGAUCAGACUCCAACUAUGGGUAUGAAGUUAUAUGAUCACUUCAGUGCAUAUUCAUCGACAAUCGAUAAACUUGAUGGAUUGUUCAAACAGUAUAUAGGAUACAGUGUCAUUAAUAAACUAUUGGAUAUUCCAAAGGGUUCCAAAGAAAUAUUCGAUCAAUCUGUAGCGCAACCAUCACUUACACUCUAUACCAUUGGUAUGUUUGAGCUCUACAAGCAUUUCAAUAUAAAUCCAUCAAUUGUUUUCGGUCUGAGUUUUGGAGAGAUUGGAUGUAUGUACGCAGCAAAUUGUCUGUCAAUGGAGAAUAUAGUUAAACUUGUCUACCAUCGUUCAACCAUUCAAAGUCUUUCAACGGGGAACGGUUGUAUGAUACUUAUCAGAGAGAAACAAGGCUUAUUGGAUUCACGAUAUCAUACCAAUGAAUUAGAGGUAGCCGGUAGAUUUCCAAGAACUAUAGUUUACAAUGCAACAAAAGAAUCAGCCAAUUCUCUUAAGCGAAUUUUAGACCAAGAUGGUGUAAAGAAUCAUAUUAUACCGUUGCCAGGUAAAUUCCACAGUCGCGCACAGAAACCACUAAAGCCGAAAAUCUUGGAAUCUCUCAGCCACCUCAAUUUCGAUCGACCAUCGAUCAAAUGGUACUCAACAGUCACCGGUGAGUUGAGCAGCGAAAAGGUAGACGCCAACUAUAUCUAUAAGAACAUUAGAAAACCAUUUCUCUUUGACAGUGCACUCUCAUCUAUUAUUAGAGAGAACCAAAUCGAUGAAUGCGCAUUCCUAGUGAUAUCACCGGGUACCGAUUACUCCAAUCAUAUCUACUCUGUCCUACAAAAUGCAACAAUCAUCUCAAUGUCGAAAUCAACCGAUGACGAAGUAACAUCAUUUCUGAUGACACUUGGCAAACUAUUUUGUAAUGGAUUCAACAACAUUAAUUUCCUAUCACAAUUCCCUGAAUUUGCUUGA